AUGUCUUCUCCCAGAACUUUCUAUUUUAACCAGUCUCACCCCACUGAGUUUGUGUUCCGGGUGUUCACCACUUCCCCCAAGAUCCAGGCCCUUCUCUUCUGCUUCUUCCUCCUCCUUUAUAUAAUGAUCAUCUGUGGUAACACUGCCAUCAUUUGGGCUGUGUACACCCACACCUCCCUACGUACACCUAUGUACUUCUUCCUAUCUAACCUAUCCUUCCUAGAGAUCUGUUACACCACAACUGUGGUGCCCCUGAUGCUCUCCAACAUCUCUGGGGCUCAAAGGCCCAUCCCAUUGGCUGGUUGUGCAGCUCAGAUGUUCCUGUUUUGCACCCUUGGUGGUACUGACUGUUUCUUAUUGGCAGUCAUGGCAUAUGAUCGCUAUGUGGCCAUCUGCCAUCCCCUGCACUACACACUCACCAUGACCCAGAAGCGAUGUAUCCAGCUCGUGCUUGCUUCCCUGGGCCUGGCUUUUUACCUUGAUCUGCAACUCACAGCACUGAUCUUCACCCUCCCCUUCUGUGGGCACCGCCUGGAGAUCAACCACUUCUUGUGUGAUGCCCCACCUGUCUUACGCCUGGCCUGUGGGGACACACGCAUGCAUCAAGCUGUCCUUUUUGUUGUAGGUAUCCUUGUGCUAACCCUCCCCUUUGUGCUUAUCUCCAUUUCCUAUAUCUUUAUUGCCAAUACCAUUCUACGCAUCCGCUCUGCAGAGGGGCGCCGACGUGCCUUCUCCACCUGCUCCUCCCAUCUCUCUGUGGUCCUACUGCAAUAUGGCUGUUGCACCCUGGUCUAUAUGCGUCCUAGGUCCAGCACCUCAGAGGAUGAGGACCGGCAGCUUGCCUUGGUUUAUACAUUUGUCACACCUCUGCUCAACCCCCUCAUUUACACCCUAAGGAAUAAGGAUAUCAAAGAUGCACUGAAAAAGUCCAUGAGCUGCAAAGCAGCCUCUGAAACUCCAUGA